UCGUCUCUAAUAAAUCCUGGCGUUCCUGCCGUGUCCUCCCUUUUUUUUUCUUCUUUAUUUUUCCUCCGCCCAUUUUCCCUUCUUCAUCAAACUGCUCCAAUCCACCGUCGGCAGCGAUCCAACGCGCCCUCGUGAUUCUUCAAGAGAGGGAUGUAGAGCCAUCAAGUCUAUACAAAUCUUGCCGAUCUAAACAGAGUAUGUGAGAGAACUGAAAGCCCAAGACUCAUCAGCAUGAUAACUUCUCAUGAUCAGGGACAGUGCGUGAUCCUGCAGUAUGCUGCUAAUGCAUGACCCAUGUAGCAAGUUGUAUAGGGAGAAUUCUGGGGAAUAACAGUAUGGGGAUCUACCUAAGCAGUCCAAAAACUGACAAAUUUUCUGAGGAUGGUGGGAAUGCCAGACUUAGGUUUGGUUUGUCAUCUAUGCAAGGUUGGCGUGCAAAUAUGGAAGAUGCGCAUGCUGCUGUGCCAGAUCUUGAUGAUUGCACAUCUUUCUUUGGUGUUUAUGAUGGUCAUGGAGGAAAAGUGGUUGCUAAAUUCUGUGCAAAAUAUCUACAUACUCAAGUUCUCAAGUUUGAUAUUCUUCUUGGUGAUCUAACUGCUGCAUUACGAAGAGCAUAUUUUAGAAUGGACGAGAUGAUGCGAGGCCAGAGAGGGUGGCGGGAGUUAGCUGUUCUGGGAGACAAAAUGGACAGAUUCACUGGCUACAUUGAGGGCUUGAUAUGGUCCCCAAGGGGAAGUCAUUCUGAUGAACACACAGAUGAAUGGGCAUACGAGGAGGGACCACAUUCUGAUUUUUCUGGGCCAGCAUCUGGAUGCACAGCAUGUGUGGCAGUUAUUAGAAACAAUCAACUUUUUGUUGCAAAUGCUGGUGAUUCUCGCUGUGUGCUAUCAAGGAAGGGUCAGGCUGUCAGCUUGUCAACAGAUCACAAACCAGAUCUUGACGAGGAGAGAGAAAGAAUCCUAAAAGCAGGAGGGUUUAUUCAUGCUGGGCGAGUAAAUGGAAGCUUAAACCUCUCAAGAGCAAUUGGUGACGUGGAAUUCAAGCAAAAUAAGUUUUUACCUGCUGACAAGCAAAUUCUGUCUUGCAAUCCAGACAUUAAUAUUGUGGAGCUUUCUGAUGAUGAUGAGUUCAUUAUUAUAGCGUGUGAUGGAGUCUGGGAUUGCAUGUCAAAUCAACAGUUAGUGGAUUUCAUCCAUGAGGAUCUUAGAACGGAGAGCUGCCUGUCUGCAGUAUGUGAAAAAGUAUUGGACAGGUGCUUGGCUCCAACCACGCUCACUGGCGAGGGAUGCGAUAACAUGACCAUGAUACUGGUGCAACUGAAGAAGUCCAGUGAAUCGAAUGCUUCUCUCACUUAACGGCCAUUCUAAGGCGGCACUAGCUUUUCUCUAUGUUGUAUCAUUCUGUAGAUUGAAAGUGCGUUGUACAUGAGAUAUAAUGAUGACCUCUUGAAGAUCGUGUAGGAGUCUAUAAGCUGGUUCUUUUUUCCUCAUUGAAAAUGGUAGUCAAAUUUGUGCAAGUGCAGGUCUAGUUGAAGUUGCAUAUAUAAUUCCUCCGACAAUUUAUCAGGUUGCAUCAUAAUUAUCCAGGGAGCAUAUAUUAAUUGCUGUGUGAGAUGCACUGUUUCUGCACCUUCAAGAGAAAAUAGAUGCAAUGCACUGUAAAGUUUGAUUAUGUAAGCAAUUACAUUUACAGUAAAUUAUAUAUUUAUUUUAAAAAUUCUGUGCA